CGACAUCGAUAGCAUUCAAAGUUCCCGGGAAUCGUCCACAACAUGCAACCGUCACUGUACACACACACAGAGCACCCAAGCCUCAGCGGCCCAUCACUGGAACAAAAAUAUCGUGCAACUAUCCAUCCAUCCAUCCGUCAGUCAUCUCUCUCGUAUGUCGCUGUGUCGCAUCCAUCCAUCGAAAACACACAUGAUCUCUCUCCCCCCCAUGACACGUGAUGUUGCAUUCAAAACUAUGUACUCAUGGACGGACGGACGGCCUUCGUUCCAUCUAUCACAUCGACUGAUGGAAUGAUGGCCGUUGGCUACCUCUCACACGUGUAUCCCAUCUCACCCACAGGCACAGCAGGGCAGUCAUGCAAACAACGGACACACAGUCACCACACAAGCCCCCCACCUCUGGCCAUCCGAUAUGAUGCACACGGAUGCCCUUCGUUUAUUGCCCGAGAUGGAUGUCGAUCACGUUGCAUGUGUGUUGCAACAUAAGAGCAUCGUCGUCGAGCACUACACAAAGAAGCCAUCCAUCUGCAACAUAUCAGAUCAGAUCCGUUGCCCCAAGCACAUCUGUAUUCUCGUCAGCCGUGCUCCUCGGUCUCGACUCCCGGCAGAGGCGAUCGAAUGCGCGGAGCCAAGCAGAGGCACGUGGCGGGAGGGACGCCACGUUUCUGCUCGGCCCCGGGCGUUCCAUCGGGUCAGCCGGUCAGCCAAGACGCAGAACAGCAGGAAUAGGGGUGGGUAAGUCUCACUUGACCAAGACACGCACGCAUCGUCGACACCUGACCAACACACCACACACACACACGGGCGUGUAUGGUGGGUAAUGCACCACCCCGCCGCACAGCUCCAUCCCUCACCUGAUUGAUCAUUUCGCCUUAGCCGCCCGGACCUCAUCAGCUGCCGUUUUGAAUUCGAAGGCCUCUUUUUGGUAGGUCACGUCCCUGUUCUGCCAUGUCUUGAGGUCAAGGAACGCCUCAGCCAUGUCCAACUCGGGGUCAGGCUGAGGACACACACACAAGGGGGGGACGGGACGCACCAUGCAUAGUGAUGAUUGGUCGGUGGACGGACGUCUCUGAGUGUGUCUGUGUCUCGUUGCUUACGAAGUCGUCGUUCUCUUUGGAGAGGGCCUCUCUGUACUCGUCGGUGAUCUCGUCUUCCGCGUUGAAGCCCGUGUCCUCAUCCUCCUGGCACAACACAACACGGCCGAUCGACACGACCAGCAUGUGUGUGUGGUGAAGGAAUGAGAUGGAUAGAUCACUAAGUAGCUCACUUGCGAGACUUCUAGUGAUGUGCCGUCCUCCUCCUCAAGAGUGAUCACUGGCGGCACCUCUCCGGUCUCCAACAAAUACUCCGCACGGGCGAAAUCCUGAUACAUGGCAGCAUGCCACACACACACAAACGUAAGUGUGCUGUCUGUCUGUUCAUUCUGAUCCUGACCUUCCUGGUUGCAAUCUCGAGGGCCGUUUCGUCACGAGCCCCCCUGGCAUCCUUGUCCGCACCACUCUGAUACACACAGACACACACACGUGGUGGGUGGGUGAGCUGCGUUGCCCUCCCUCCUUCUUUGUGUCGUGUGCGUGAAUGUGGCGGUCUGUCUGUCUGUGCCUCACGUCGAGCAUGAAUUUGAUCAUGUUGAGGUUGCCGGACCGCGCCGCGUCGUGGAGGGGCGUCUCGAACAGGGCGUCACGCGCAUUCACCAGCUUCUUGUCAGCCUGCACCACACACACAUGACAAACAUCAACUACGUCAUGAAGGCCCCUCCUCCAUCCCGCAACUCACCCCAAUGAGCGUCUUGGCGACGUCCAUGUUGCCGCCGGCCGCUGCGAUGUGUAGUGCGGUUGACCAGCCAUUGGCGAAGGUGCCCCUCUUGGCGUCUGGCUUGACCUUGCCCUUCCUGCGAUUGACCAUACCAUGUCAGCCACACGACACAACAGGCCCACACCAUGCCACCUCUGCCCACGGGUCCAUGUGGUGUAUGGUGAGUCAGUCUUACUUGAGGAUCAGGUCCAUGAUUUCUGAGGUGCCCUUCGGUCCGGCGGCUGAGUGGAUGAUGCCGUUGCCCGCCUUGUCACUGUGGCUGGUGUUGGCGCCGGCGUCGAUCAGGGCCUUGACACACGCUGUCCGGCCCUCCUCAACCGCACCCUGACAUGACACGCAAGCCAAGCCCCCACACAACGGACGGAGAGGAGAACAUCCAUCACCAACAGCUCGUCUCGUUCCCCCCCCAUCUCCUCUCUCUCUUGUUCUCACUCACCUGCAGCGGUGUCUUUCCGAAUUUGUCCACCGAGUCGAGGUCGCCCCCCUUGCCGACCAUCAUCUUGGUCAGCGAGGGAUUGCCGCUCUUGGCUGCCGCGUGCAGCACCGUCUCGCCGUUCUCGUUCCUCAUCUUCAAAGCCACAUCAGCACCAGGCGCCUUGAGCAACAGGCUCACCGUCUCCUCACGACCCUCGGCACACGCGAAGUGCAGCGGCGUGUUGGAGCCCGCCUCGCUGAAGGACCGGGCGGCCACACCGACGCCGUAGUCGAGCAGUGCCUGGACCUUCUUCAUGUCAGCUGGUGCCAUGGUGGCUGCCGCCCGCUCCCAGGCCUUGUUGAGGACGUCGUCGAGCGAGACCGCCUCGAUCUGCGCGAGGAGCGCCUGCACGGCUGCGGUGUGGCCGUUGCGGGCCGCAAGGUGGAGAGGGGUGAAGCCGAAAGCGUCCUUCAGGUGAAGGUCGGCGCCUCGCUGAACACACACACACACACACAUCAACCACCACCCACAGCCAUAGAUGUGUGUGUAUGGGCAGAGUGCUCCCCCCUCCCUCCCUCCCUCCCUCCCUCCCUGUGUGUGAGUGCUCACCGGCAGCAGGAACUGGACGGCCUGCAUGUUGCCCUCGUUGCACGCCUUGUGCAGUGCCGAUUGCCCCAGGCUGUCGGGCUCGUUGAUAUCCGCCUCCCCCAGCACAAUCAUCUCCUUGGCGCUGGCAAUGUCGCCGCUGAGGACCUUCUGGUGGAACUCGGGCAGAUCGCCGUACGGCCCAGUGGUCUUGGCCUCGACCAACUCGCGGAUCUUGUCAGCGAUCUCGCCGGCGAGCAUGGGGUCCUCACGGCCGACCGCGUCAGGGUCCAGCUCCAGGUUGCUCAUCAGCGAGGCGAUGUCCUGCGCCUCCGUGGUGGUCAGAUCAAACGUGGGGAUGCUGUAGCCGAGGUUCUUCUCAAUGGUGUCCUUGACAGGCGUGGCCACGCCAUGCAGCCGCGUGGGGUUGGAUGAUGGGGCGUGCCUGCGGGAUGCGGGGGAGGGCGGCACGAAAGCGGGAGCGUUGAUCUGCCGUCUCAGCUGGAAGGACAGGCAGGGGGUGGCGCUGAGGGAAAAAAUCGCCACGAUUGCGAUAAGCGACUUCAUUUCGCUGACCACCAGGGGGACGGGUGGGGAGGGGGAGCCCAAAAAAGAGAAGAGAGGGGA